AUGGGCUACAUCUCCAACAACAACCUAAUCAACUAUUUGGCCUUCUCUACUACUAAACCUCAUCUUCUAUCACAAUUAGUUUCCUUAAAUGGCAUUUUGGUUAUUGUUACGUUUGAUUUUGCAGGCAAUAUUAUCGACAACGAUCAUCAUCAACAGCUCAUUAACGGCUCAGAAAAUAACUCGGCGGCGGCUGUGUCGUCGAGAUGGAAUCCUACGCCGGAGCAGAUCACAGCGCUGGAAGAGAUAUACAGAAGGGGAACACGGACGCCUACGACAGAACAAAUCCAACAGAUAGCAUCUAAGCUCAGUAAGUAUGGCAGAAUCGAGGGCAAAAACGUUUUCUAUUGGUUUCAGAACCACAAGUCUAGAGAGAGACUUAAGCGACGCCGUUGUGAAGGAGAUAAUGAUAUUAACAGCGUUCAUGAACCACUUAAAGACGUCAAGGAUUCAUCAUCAGGUGGUUAUCGAGUUGAUCAGACAAAGAUCUAUGCAUCUUUUCCACACACAAACCAACAACCACAGAAUGAAUUAGUUCUGCCUAAUCUAAUCAAUAAUGAAAAUCACUGUAAGACUGAAGAAUCAGAAAGGGCAUCGGAUGCAGGCAAAGAAGCCAUGUGUGGAAAUCUUGUUGCUUCAUUCGUAAAUCAAGAACCAGGAGAGAUUAAUAUCGAAGAAGAUAGAUACAAUGUCAGGGGAGAAGUACAAGAAGAAGAAGAAGAAGAAGAAGAAGAAAAAAAAGAAGAAGAAGAAGAAGAGAAAACAAGGGAGAUCCGAACUUUAAAUUUCUUCCCGGUACUGGAGAACCAAGAGAAAACCGACUGGUUUGCAGAGAAGAAGAAAGCAAAUGCAAACCGAAUGUGUUACAACUAUCGUUACUACUAUGAGUUCAUGCCUUUAAAGAAGAACUAAACCAGAGCCCAUGUGUUAGUAAUAAAUUAGAUAAUGGAUUUAGUGAAGUAUUUUUUUGUUGUUUGUCGAGAAAUGGGCAAGUGAUGUCUGGAGAGGGAGGGAUGAAGACGUGUAGUAAAUGUUAGUAGGGUUUGAAGUUAUAAGGUUAUUUUAAAAAGGUUUCUAGGGUUUUGGAGAACCAUGAUUAUUUAUUAUUACCCGAAUGUGAAGUUGGACCAUGUUGGUAGUUGGGUCUGGAACUCGAACAAUAAUACAAUAUCGAUAUAUCUGAAAGUGAAAGAUUACGGUGAUCUAUUGUCAAUGUAAAGUAUUCUUCACGUGCUUUCUCUUCUUCUUCUGCAACAUUUAAUAAGACUAUGUGAGAGAGAUAUUCGAUGCUGACAUUGCACUGUGUUUAGAAUCCCUUUAGAUUUUUUCAGUGAGUUUAGCAUAUGUGCGGUUUAUUAGCAGAAAAGGUGAGUGGCAAGUGAUUGGAACCUAACAUUUGACUUUUGAUAGAAUGAAAGACAAACAAUCUUUUAUUGUUUUUGCCUAUUUCUCAUUUAUCAUACAUAUUGUGUUUUAAAAAAACUACCAAGAGAUGCUCAAAAUAAACUUUAAUACA